AUGCCCUGCUUCAAAGGCCUUGCUGUGAGCAUCCACACCCCUGAUGGUCCGAUCUCAGAGUACUCGAUUCAGCGGCAGUCACGAGCUUCGCGGAUAGCUUGUUUCAUCCCUGUUCCCCCGCCCAAAGUCCCCGACUCCUCCUCAAAAGGCAAACCCGAACAAUCGACUUUCGCCAUUUCAAUCACCCUUCUCAACCCCAGCCAAGAUGUACCUUACUCCACUCCGAAACCCACGGCCGAUUGCCCCUCCCCGAAGCCGAAGGUCGUCGGAGGAUUGCCGAACCAGACCAGUGAACGCGGCCAGUACUCCGGAGCUGUCGCGCCAUACCAGGCCUUGACAAAUUCUCCGAACGAAACCGUGGCCGCCUAUAUCUAUUUCGACGGAAGACAAAAGGAGGAGGUAGCUACAUUAUUGCGGAGAGGAGAGGAAACCUGGGUGAAUUCGCGAUGGGUCAACUCCGACGACGGCGGCAUUGCCGAGCGCGAAUUCCUUUUCCGCGAAGUUGGCCUCGAACGCUGGUUGAACGGCUUGGAUCUGGAAGGCAAGGAUGCCGCGGCCAAGAUUGAGCGCCGGCGCCAGAAGAUGGAAAAGCGCCGUGCAAAGCGCCAGGCCGAAAAUAGUGGUAUGGAUAUGGAGGUCAACAACUCGAAGCCCAAGAAUAUAAUGCGCUACGGGAAUGACGAGAAAGAUCCGCUGGAAAAUGUUUCGGACGAUGACUUAUCUUCUGAUUCGGACGAUGACGACCCAAUCCCUGAAACCGCUGGUCAAAUUAAGGUGGCUCUUUUCCGAGUUUUGGCCUCUGGUGAGAUCAAACGUGGAGAGUACUCCCCGCAGUUCGAUGCGCACGACGACGACGAGGGUGAACAGGGGGGCUUUGCAAAGCCCAAGUCUCUGGACCCAAAGACCAUCAGUACACAGACAGUCACUGGGAUUGAUCCUACAGACAAGCCCUACGCAACCUUUACUUUCAUGUAUCGCGGCGAACGUCAAUUGCAAAAGAUGGGCAUCAAAAAGGAUCAAAAGCCGCAAGAGACCCCGAAUGCGAAACGGAAAUCCCUCCAGGCGGAUUUGUCUAAUCUCGGAGCUCUCAAGCCUGGUGGCACUGUCGGGUUCCUCAACUUCCGCGAUCAGGACACUGGGCGAAAGGGCAGCAAGGGCGGCGAUGAAAUGGAUAGCGACGAUGACGACACUGAUAAUCCCAUUUUGAGUAAAGCCGAUGAUGAAGAAGGCAAGGACGAUGACCGGUUCCUGUCUCCUGAUGAUAUCAAACGCCAAGGUGAACUAGAGGAGGGCGUCCGCAAGAUUCGGCUCAAACGCCAGCAUUCAGCUGAGCCCUUCAGUGGUAGCGGCGCCGAAUCUUCCGAUACUCCGGCUUCUGGGACCACUCCUCCUGCUCCGGAGCGAUCUACCACUCCCCCAAAGUCGACUACGAACACCGCGGCCUCUGAACAGCCUAUCCCUACAAUCACUGGACCGGAUGGUUUUGUUGGCAGCCCGCUGAAGAAGCAAAGAGCUAGUGUCUCUACUGCCGAUGAAAAUGCCCUCCGACGUCGGAUUGCCGAAUCCUCCGGACGGAUCAGUGAAGUCCUUGGAGGGGCUGGGACUGUCACCGACAACGAUCCCAAGCCUGGCCAGGCGGGAUCAUUCGGAGACAAGCUGAAUUCUACUGCACCCGACUCAUCUAGAGAUGAUGAUGAUGAAGAGCUAUGA